AUGGAUUUUUUUAUACAAAAGAUCGUUUCUCCAUCAACGUCUGGCGAUAUAGACAAGACCGAGGUCAUUCUGCCGCUCAAGUCCCUCGCAUUCCGCGGCUAUAAAUGUUUGGGGAUGUUUUUAUCUCCCCGCGACGUUGAAAAUUUAGACAAUCUCUCUUACUCAAGUCCGUUCACCAAGAGCCAAUUGCCUCUAAAUGGCACGGAAAUUCGCUUUUGCUUUUGCCCAGAGAUUCCGACAACUAUUAUUCCAAUUGAAAUUGGAGGUCUUCUUGGAGAAAUUGAUAGAUUGAAUGUCAAGGAGACCAAAUGUUCUCUACAGAAACAAGGCUGCGAGAAAAAAUAUCAAAAGUUGGGGGGAGAAUUAUCUGGUUACAGUGCCAAAGUAAACUUUGGCUUUGUGCUCAGGCAUGGGAAAGACGAGGCACGUAAAUAUCACCUUGACGGUGCCUUAAUCCUGGAUUUGACCCACACACUCUUAAGUCUUCCUAAUCCAAUUUGCUUGAUUGGCAUGGAUUUCAUGGUCAAACAUCCGCACUUAUUAUUUGAGACAAGAUUGGAUAAGAGGAAAGAACUUUCUUUUAGAUUGGCCAAAGUACUUUCUCGGCAUAGAAACCACGAAAUCCCAGUUAAUAAUCAGAACGAGGUUAUUGUCAGCGUGGAAGAUCAUCACAACGAAAAUACAGAAAACAUUGGAUGCGGAAUAUUUUUUAAGACUGGAUCUGUCUUCAACUCCUUCUGCGGGGUAAGCAAAUCUGAUAUGUUGGGCACAGAGCUUAAUUACUACCGGAAAGAACGUGGUUUGUUGGUAGGUAUCCUCAAGGCUCUGCAAAUUGUGGAGACCUUCUCAGCCGGGAGUAAUUUGAAGCCCGCAUCGGUGGUUAUCAGAACCUCGAACGCAGACAUCGAAAGUAUUCUUUCCCCUGUUAAAGCUUCAUCACAAAAUCGCCCGCAGUGCUUAUGGGAAGGAGAUUUUACGGUGAGUGAUAGAUCUCCUCAAAGAGAAUUCCCUCUGGCAAUUCGAGAUGUUGCUCUGUACUACCACGAUAAUUUUGUCAAGCGGAACCCGGGAUUUAAAAUCAAACAUCAACAUGUCAAUAAACCCGAUAAUCUCGGCGGAGCACUCUCUGCAAAGCUUUUAGCUAUUGCAGGCUCUGAGAUGGAAGAGUUUUAUAUUGAAUCCGGGUCUAUAGGGCUCGAUUGUGAAGGAUUGCGAGGUUAUCCCAAGAAAAGAUGGCCAAGUUCGCAGAAUGCAGUUCCAUUGAUAAGCCAUCCCGGUAUCAGAGAUAGUUCAAUAUACCUAUCUUUUGGAUUUGACGGCUUCUAUUAUAUUCAACGGGAGAGGACCCAUAUGGUAAUGGAUUUGGCGGAUCAAGCAGGUUCGAGACUACAUGUAAUACCUGAUGGAAAAAGUCAGGUAAUUUCGGGGCAAGAUUUGAAGAAGGAUAUUCACGAUCUUUCUAGAAACCCUGGUAGCCUGCUAACAGACACAAUCUCUCCUAUUGAUCUCUCGGGUUUUGAAAGUGAUUGGUACACUCGGACAAAAGUUUCCGCUGCAGAGUGGGAUUGCGAAAUGGGCCAGAGACCGAGCAAGAUAAAUAUGGAGCAGUCGCAGAAAAGAGCGAAUAAGGAUCACCCAAUGAGAGGGAAAUCUCCCGAUUGCUUAAAAAAAGAGUGGAUAGAGUCAAUACGGAGGGAAUAUCGAAAUGCUAAGGCCUAUUCGAAGUUGGGGGGAGAGGAAGUAGUGGAUCUCAGUAAGGUGCUUGAGUUAUGGAAAACUGGGCCCAACAAGAUGGUGGAAGCAGUUGAUAGCUCGAAAUUAUUAUGCCAUAUUGAUUGUGGGUGUAGAACAGAGGAGGGGGCAUGCCUAUGUAGAGGAGCCAGUGGGAGCAUCCAAUGCGAGUGCGGUCUGCCUUUAACGUCCCCUAAGGAACUAGAUCAUCCUCUCCACAAAUUCUUAGAACGAGGUCGACUUAAAAGGUCACCACCGCCUAAGUUCACCGGCGAAGCAGGUUAUACAGAACAGUGGGGAAUUAUCAAUACACAAAAGUCUUCCUGCUGCUCGCAGAAACACCCAAAAUUGGCGGUGGAAGAUAAUGGAGCAUGGGAGUCUGUCUGGUGA